UCCGGCUCGGCGCGGCGGCAGGCAGCCCGCGGUCAGGCAUGCAGGCGCGGCGUCUAGCCAAGCGCUCCAGCCUGGGCAGCCGCCGGGGGAACGCCGCGCUGCAGCCGCCAGGCCCCGCGCCCGCCCGGGAAGGCGCGCUGCCCGGGCUCCCGCUCCCCGCCCCGGCGCCGGCCCCAGCCCCGGCCCCGGAGAGCUGGAGGCCGCCACUGCCGCCGCCGCGCAGCGCCGGGACCGGCCCCCCUCGGGCCGCCGGGGCCGCCGCCGCCGCCGCUGCCGCCUCGUCUCCGGUGCUGCUGCUUCUGGGGGAGGAAGACGAGGACGAAGAGGGCGGGAGCAGGCGGCGGAGGGGGCUCGGGCGGGUGCAGGCGAAGCCCCGAGGGGGCGCGGAGGAGGAGGAUGACGACGAGGAAGACGAGGACGAGGAGGUGGUCGUCGAGGUGGUGGACGGCGACGACGACGACGAGGACGGCGAGGAGCGCUUCGUGGCCCUCGGCCCCGGCCGCCAGCUCCCCAAGGGCCCGGGCCGGGGAGCAUUGAAGGUGGGGAGCAUUAAGCGGGAAAUGGCCUUCACAUUUCAACCAGAGGACUUAAAACGUGACUCUAGUAAAAAACUGUCUCAUCAACACUUGUUCCCCUUGGCCAUGGAGGAGGAUGUGAAAACAGCAGACACCAAAAAAGUCAACCGAGCCCUUGACCAUGAAAAAGAAAACACUCGCUCCAUCUGUCUCCUUGAACAAAAACGAAAAGUUGUUUCUUCCAAUAUUGAUGUUCCUCCAGCAAGGAAAUCCUCAGAGGAACUGGACAUGGACAAGGUGACAGCAGCGAUGGUACUGACUAGCUUGUCCACCAGCCCUUUGGUUCGGAGCCCUCCUGUGCGGCAGAACGAGGGCCUGAGCGGAUCGUGGAAGGAGGGAGGCGGCGUGCCUUCCAGCACGAGCAGCAGCGGCUACUGGAGCUGGAGCGCCCCCAGCGAUCAGUCCAACCCGUCCACGCCGUCGCCGCCGCUGUCCGCCGACAGCUUCAAGCCCUUCCGCAGCCCCGCGCCCCCGGACGAUGGCAUCGACGAGGCGGAGGCCAGCAACCUUCUCUUUGACGAGCCCAUUCCCAGGAAACGAAAGAACUCCAUGAAGGUGAUGUUCAAAUGCCUCUGGAAAAACUGUGGGAAGGUUCUGAGCACUGCAGUGGGUAUCCAGAAGCACAUCCGGACCAUUCAUCUUGGGCGUGUUGGGGAGUCUGAUUACAGUGAUGGAGAAGAAGACUUUUACUACACUGAGAUCAAGCUCAACACAGACUCGGUGGCGGACGGACUGAGCAGCCUGGCCCCGGUUUCGCCCUCCCAGUCCCUGGCUUCGCCUCCUACUUUCCCCAUCCCAGAUUCCAGCAGAACAGAAACUCCUUGUGCCAAAACUGAGACAAAAUUGAUGACACCCUUGAGCCGCUCCGCUCCCACCACCCUCUACCUCGUGCACACCGACCACGCUUACCAGGCCACGCCCCCUGUGAACAUUCCAGGAUCGGCCAAGUUCACCCCCAAUGGCAGCAGCUUCAGCAUUUCUUGGCAGUCUCCUCCAGUUACCUUCACAGGCAUUCCAGUGUCACCAACUCACAGUCACCCGGUGGGCACAGGAGAGCAGAGACAGCACACUCACACCGUCUUGUCCUCCCCACCCAGAGGGACAGUCAGCCUAAGGAAGCCCCGGGGAGAGGGCAAGAAGUGCCGGAAAGUGUACGGCAUGGAGAACCGUGACAUGUGGUGCACGGCCUGCCGCUGGAAGAAGGCCUGCCAGCGGUUCAUUGACUAAUGCACAGGCCCCUGAUCGUCGCCCAGACACUCCUGCCCUCGACUUGUGCUGAGGGUGUCGGAAAGCGCUUUUCCUUCUGAACAAAACACACUUGAAACCCAGGGAAAGCACUUCCGGGAACCUUGGUGAAAUCACAGCAAAAAACAAAAAAGGUCACCACCCUCACUGUUCUUGCUGAGAACCCAGCCGAGAGCAGCUGUAACUACUUUUUUCCUUAAAAAAUCAACUUUUUUUUUUGCUGUAUGUCUAGCUCUGAAAACUGUGGACUUCUGUAGCAGUCGAACCAACCAAGCCCAUUUUUCCUGGAAAGGAGGCCUAUUUUGAUAACCUUUCUGGAUAAUGCCGUUUCUGAGAUUUUUUUUUUUUUGACACUUAAAAAAAAAGCUACAUGUUAUUCAGUAGCAUUUGUACAAAGAGCGAUACCUGUUUUCAUUGUGAAUAGUCUUUUGCCUGUUCUCCAUCGGACUUCUGGGAGCAGUACACAUCAUGAUGUGUUGCCAGGAAACGGCAGCACUCUGGGUAUCUUUUCUAUGUCUUUUUUGUUUGUUUGUUUUGUUUUAAAGAAUGGCCCCAAACUGAACCAUGGUAGAGCUGUUAGCUUGAAGGGCCCAGGAGGGCAUAAGCUUGAAAAAUGAUUGACAAUGGACAUCACCAGCAGACUUCAGCCCCAGCUGAGUUCAGGACAUCCCGCUGUCACUGUUGGGAAACGUCUGGGAGUCUUCCUCGGAAGUCUUCCCUGAGGGGUGGCCCGGCCCACUCUCUCCCGGCCACAAUGCACUCAAGACCUGGCACGCAUUGCCAUCUGGAUAAGCCUCAAAGCUUCCUUCAGGGAUGCGACACCAGCCAUAGCUCGGAUCUCUUCAUCACUGCUUAUCUGACAGUUGUUGCCAGGUCAGUGGCUCAUCAGGCCUUCCUUCCCUCAAAACGCCACCGCUGACUGUUUUCAGAAAAGGUAGAGAACUCCAGACCAUCCGGCAGGUGUGCUUUACACAGCAGAGCACAGCCUCCACGUCCCCAUCUGUUCAGAAAGUUAUGUGAGGUCAACAUCCAUUCUGAGUGCACUUUUAUAGGUUUUAUGCUUUAGCAUGUCUGGGAGAUGGGUUAAUGAACAAUGUAAAGAUUAUAUGGGGAAAAGGAAGGUCCAAACCUUUAUUUUUCUUAUCAAAAUAUUGGAGCUAUUCAUUAAGAAUUUGCUCAGAAGGGAACAUACAGAACACCAAAAGGAAAAUGCGUGUUGGUAUAGGAAUCUCUCCAUUUAAUAGGACCAGGGCUUGCACUGUGUUCCAUUUAUUAGACUUUCUAGCGUGGUAUUUGUUUGUUUGUCUGUCUUGGUGGUAGUGGUGCGGGGACAGGGGAGUAGUUGUCAAGCCCUAUAAAUAAGCUCAUUCUCUGUCUACCCUACUCUUGAUUGCCCUGCUAAAGUUAUUCCUCCUAUACCUAUGCAAAGAAGUAAGAGCACCUUAUAGGAUGCACUGUGUCGGGACGGGGGCCUAGGAUCAGCCAUAGGAAUGUUAAAUGAAAUUGCACAGAGCAAAGUUUAAUAUAUUUAGAGAUUGUACAUAUGCUUUUUUUUGAAAGAGUAGAAGUCAUCUAGUCAUAAGAGCCAGCCUCUUUUUUUUUAAUAAGCAAGGGAAAAAGAAGGAGGUUCUACAGUGUAACAUCUGCAAUCUGUGCAUUCAUAUAUUUUGGCAAUUUUAUUUUUUAAACUCUCACAUGACAUUUGAAGCAUUAUUCCUUGAAAGAGAUCCUGGUUUCCUCCUUCAUUUAUUUUUUUCUUUAUAAACACUUAUUUUAAGAGCAGAGAAAGAGCUUCAUUUAAUAUCACAUCGUGAUUACCAAUCAAUACAGCACCAGCUAUAAUGUAUGUUUGAGCACUAACAAAGUCAGCCAGGAAAGGGUUUUUUAAGUGCAGAAACGUAUUUGCAUCCUCUACCCCAGCCUGUCUUUUCUCCUCCCUGGUGUCUUGUCGCUUCACCCACAAGCAUCUCUGCUGGGAGGUGAUGCUCUGGCCUGGUCCAGAAGGCCCUGCGCUGUGGCUGGAUUGCCCAGUGGCCACGGUCAGUCCAAGGCUGGUCAGCCAUUUCAGCAGGCUCACCAUGGACUUCAGUUUUGGUUGGGGUGCAGUAGUGGAGCAGAGGGUUUUCUCUUCAGCAAAGUUCCAUGGCCCUUGAUCCUUGGAUUAAGUCACUAAUCAAAAGAGAUUAAAGUGAUGAGGGGCUAAAUCUAUCCCCUACUCCCAGAACUUUGGGACACAAGGAGGGAGAGAUGGUGGCUGUGGAGCAGUCCUAGAGUGAGGCUCUGUGGCUCUGCCCCCAGAGGUACAGCCCGUGACUAGUGCUAGGCUCUGGCCUGGCUGAGCCAAGCUCAGUCCUUGCCUGGGUAUUAGCCAAUGCACCAAUACAAGCAAAGGGUAGAGCUGGAUGCAGCUUCCUUGGGAUUUCUUCUCCUUUCUAAAGCCUUCUUCACACACACUCUCUGCAUCUCACACUCACGCGGGGCUCCUUUCUGCUGGCCAGCCCAGGGCUCUGUGUGUCCUCUUCUCUAGCUCUGAGGUAGGCACAGACCCUCAGUACUUCCUGCACACAGACACUGAUUGCCUAUACCAAGGCAUGUAAUGACUAGAGAACUACCAAGCUUCACCUGCCUGGCCUUGAAGAAAAGGGAUGAAACUUCUUUUAAGCCACCCAGAAAGCUACAAAUUGCAAUUUACAGCACUGCUUAUAAAUGCUAAAAUUAAAAAAAAAAUGUAGAGCUAUUUUGUUACAUUUUGGAACUAAAUGAAGUGCCAAAUUAAGUCCAAGAUUUGUUUUAUGCCUCCUCUUUUUUUUUUUUUAAAGAUUUUCUGAUGUGAACCAUUUUUAACGUCUUUAUUUAAUUUGUUACAGUAUUGCUUCUGUUUUAUGUUUUUGGUUUUUUGGCCCCAAGGCAUGUGGGAUCUUAGCUCCCCAACCAGGGAUUGAAGCCACACCCCCUGCAUUGGAAGGCAAAGUCUUAACCACUGGACCACCAGGGAAGUCCCUGUUUUAUGCCUUCUCUGUGGUACCACGUUCUUUUCUGUGUUCAUUUGGCAGGUGGAGGGGAGUAUGGGUGGGAAGGGAAGCCCCAGGGCAUGUGGCUGCUUAACCAAAGCCUCGCCCAUCACGGGCACCUGUCUGUGCAAAAGGAACGGCAAUGCAGUGGGUUCUGGUCCCAGAGCCUUUCUAAAGAAGGCAUGUGGUAGCCUUUGACUUUUCUCUCCCCGUUACCCUUUCCUUCAGAAAAGAUUUCUCAUCUCUCUCCAAAGAAGGCAUUUCCUGGUGAUGGACAGGCUUCUCCAGAUAGCUGCACAGCAGAGAGAAGUCAUUUUAAGCCUUAGUUCUUCCCAGAGAAUGUGCAACCAAUUUAUGGGAGGCAGUGUGACCACCUGGAGGAAACACCUGGGUAGCAAGUGGGUGGGGAGCCGGAGAGGAGAUACAGGAGGGCUGUGGACACCUGGCUCGGGCUCACCAUGCUAGUGCUGAUCAGCUGGUGGUGACUGUCCCUGGGCACCUCCGAGGGAGCUGCCAGGUUCCCGCUCUGGGAGCAGGUGAUUGAAGCAAGGAGAGAGCUCCUUUGCGGGAAGCACUCAGGCCAGGGAUGCAGGACUGCCGUGCGCAUCUCCGGUGGGCACAGACUGCUCUCCUCCUCACUUGCUGGGAAGUUUCCUCCCUUGUUUGGCAAAAGCCAGUGUCGGGAAGAGGGCAGUGGGUUUCUGAGCAGGAAUGUGCAUGCCUGUCAGCAGCUCCGUGCACCAACAGGGUGGGUGCCCUUUAUGAGACGAUUCUUUGUCCAGGCAUAACUGUGUUGCAGAUGAAAACUUUCAAUAUGAUGUGUGUUACAGUUCUUGGGCUUUCCAACAAAACUUUUAAAAAAAUAGUUACAUGUAUGUUGCAAAAGAUUUCUGAAACUGACAUGCCCUCUAUCAAAUUUCAAGAUCACUUAAGUUGAAGUCCACUGUCGCUGGUGUCACACUAAGCCACACUUGAAAGCAGCCCUGGGUUCUGAAUUAGCCGGCACUGCUAAAACCCAUUUCCGCCUUCAUCCGACUUCAUUGGAAAAGGAAAGCGCAGCAUUCACUUGGGAAUGUGUAGAGAAAAGUGACAGGACCUGUACAUAUGGGAGAGAAUACCUUGAGAAUAGUAGCAAAAUACUGUAAAAAAUAUUCUUUUCCUCAGGGAAAACUAAAGGGUAUGUGAAAAAUAGAUCUGGAGGAUCCUAAGACUAGAAAGGUUUUUAUUAUCUCCAGCAUCUUUUCUAGUCAGAACAGUUUUUGUUUGUUUGUUUGUUUGUUUUUUAAUGAACAUGAUACCAUUUCAAGACAAAUUGCCAUGAACUGGACAGUACCGACUUUUUGAGGUGUGGAAGAAUGCUCUAUGAAACAGAACAGUUUCUUUGUUUCUUAGACCUGCAUUCUAAGGCUGACAUCUGAACCACAGCACAGUCCCUGGUGGGUUUUCACAGACUCAUGUAAGGCUGUUUGUGAAUGUAAUUAUGAAUAUGACACCUUGGUGUUCCUUUUUAUAAUCAGCCGGUUGGAUGACUGGUUAUUAGCUGUACACAGAAUUCUAUAGGUGAGGGACGUGAAAGACGUGCAUUUUACUUUAACAGCAGGUUAAGGAGCAAACUUCCAUGGACUUUUGUGGACAAGGUGCUGCUUUUUCUCAUGACCCUGUAGAAUUUCUGUCAACCACAUCAACUGUAGCUCUGACCUGUAUGAACGCAGGGAAGAAUUUGUGCAUACAAAUGAGUGGAAACAGAGCACGAUUCAUGAAUAUGGAUGAGGAUGUGGAUCAUUUUGGAGAAAGCGCUGGGCACACGGGUCAACUGGAAAUUUCAUUUCUCUAAGAAAAUAACCCAACCAGCAGCACACACGCUUUCCCUGUUCCCCAUACCUGUGGGAAUUCCUCCAGAGCGGAACUGUUUCCUUCUGUCUUUUGCAUUGUAACUAGUCAAACCGGAAGUCAGUAAAUAAAACGAGCUUAGCACUUUUAGGUACCAAUUGUAUCACUAAGUAAUGCACACCACUAGGGCAAGAAAGUAUAAAAUGCAUUUAAAACUGACUGGUUUGCUUAUUGUGACUGACUUUGAAAAAGUCCGGAUCCAAUCAAUGAUAUACAUGCUUUAAAAGGUGUA